CUUCGACACGGGUGACACAGCCAGGCCAGCCAUUGAUUUGCUGCGCUGCUGCGGUGUCGUCCGUCCCGUGCUUUCGUCCGCUUCGUCGCAGAACGGAGCAGCAGCUGACAGCAUUUUCAACCGGACCCCUUGACGGUUCGACGGUCCGAGCGACCGGACAACCGUCACCAUGGUCACCAACGCCGAAACGAGCGCGACACCCCAGAACCAAGCGGACGGCGGCACCGCCAAGGAGGAUGACGAGAGCCAAAAUAUCUGGUCGUCCAUCCUCAAGCAGGUGCAGGCGAGCCUGCCCAAUAAGCUGCCGUCGCACAAGCUCCUGCUCGUCAUGGGCGACAACGAGUCCGGCAAGACGACCCUGAUCGCCAAGAUACAGGGCAACGACGACCCCAAGAAGGGGUCGGGUCUCGAGUACCACUACCUGUACGUACGCGACGAGUACCGCGAGGACCAGACGCGACUCGGGGUGUGGGUGCUGGACGGCGAUCCCUGGCACCGCAAUCUGCUCAAGUUUGUCCUCACCGAGGAGACGCUCGAGAACACGACCGUGCUGCUGACGGCGUCCAUGACGACGCCGUGGUCGCUUCUCGACUCGCUUCAGAGCUGGGCGACCGUGCUCGAGGAGCACCUGUCCAGGCUCCGCCUCCCGCCGAGCACCGUGGAGAGGAACAAGCUGCGCGUCUUGCGGCGCUUCCAGGACUACAUCGAACCGGGCGACGAGAUCGAAGGAGUGAGCUCGCCUCUGCGCAGGACCUCGGUGACGGUCGGCGGAGGCGGCGAGGACGGAGACGCGUCCUCGGGAGCGGCCGCAGCCGUGCUGCCGCUGCUGGGCGAGGACACGCUCAGCAACAACCUCGGCCUGGACAUCAUCGUGGCGAUCACCAAGACGGACUACAUGAGCACCCUGGAGAAGAACUACGACUUCAAGGACGAGCACUUCGACUUCAUCCAGCAGGCGGUCCGCAAGUUCUGCCUGCGCUACGGCGCCGCGCUCUUCUACACGUCGGUGAAGGAGGACAAGAACUGCGACCUCCUCUACAAGUACCUGGUGCACCGCAUCUACGGCUUCCCCUUCAAGACGCCCGCGCUGGUGGUCGAGAAGGACGGCGUGUUCAUACCGUGCGGCUGGGACAACGACAAGAAGAUCGCCAUCCUGUACGAGAACAUCACGUCCGCGUCCCCCGACGACCCCUACUCGGAGGUGAUCACGCGGCCCAUGACGACGCGCAAGCCGCUGCAGCGCGAGCCGGAGGUGCUCGCCGAGGGCGACCAGGCGUUCCUGGCGCGCCAGCUGGCGCUGCUCAACCAGCAGGCGCAGCCGUCGCCCGGCCGGGCGACCUCCGACGCUGCGGCGGGGGGGUCCGCGGGGGCGCGGACGCCCGUCGGCGUCCAGAAGUCGGCCGAACGCCGGCUUCCGGGCUCGCACGGCGCCCUGCCCACGCCGGGCAAGAAGGACACCGAGUUUGCCAAGCUGAGCCAGGCCGACGGCGCCAAGGGAGGCAACGAAGGGGUGCUGCAGAACUUCUUCAACAGCCUGCUGAACCGCAAGACGGGGCCCGGAAGCACGCCCAUCCGCGCGGCGGCCGACAAGUCGCUCAUGCACAACGACGCGGCCGCACAGCUCGAGCGCAUGACCCGCUCCAUCGCGAAGAGCAAGGGCAUGCCUGCGGCAAGCCCCGCCGCUGCCUCCCCUGCGGCGCCGGUGACGCCGACGGAAGAGACCCCACCGGCCAACAACUCGUUCAGCUCGUGAAAAGGACUCGCUUCGCCAAGGACCCGGGGUUGACAGGUGGACGACACGGGGGGGUCGUUUGCUGGUGCGUCGCUGUGUGGCGAGAGUGGUUGCGUAGUGCGCUGAGGAGCGAGGAGGGACCGAGUAGAGAAGUACUUCAUAAGGAUGCCUUGGCAGGCUACUUUGUUUUGACACGCUUGGCGUAUGGCAUAUAGCGCACACAGACAAUGGACGAAUGACGAGAACGCAGGGCAAGCAGUGUCCUUCGUUUGUGGUCUGUGUGAACUGUAUACCGUAUGUGAACUGUGAGCAGGUUGUGAAGAUUCACAGGGAACGCACUGUUUACAGGCUGUUGGUGCUACAAAAAUGUUGAAAAAGAAAAGUAGGAUUGCAUUACAGCCCUGGCACACAGCCUGAUAUAGGUAGGUGCAGUUUACACGGGCACGACCGCUGUAUUGCACCUCUCCAUUUCAGUCUACGUGCGAGGAUCUAGAGAGAACAAGCUUCUCACUGCAUCUGUUCGCUGUAAACUUCGUUCCCUGAAAGUACGGUGCAGUUGGUCAUGGUAAAGCUACGAGUGGCAACACUACUGGUAACGCUCGUGCCACCAGUUUGAGUCAUGUUCGGCAGUUCCUGCUGUGCGGCCUUGUUUUCAAAGAAGAAGUCUUGCGGUAUUUUCUCAAGCACAACACGCACAUGAGUAUUGGUCCUUUCCCUGUCGUACUUGACCAUGUGCCAUACUGUCUCAGAAAUACGAGAAAAUUCACGACUUCACAGGGGGGGGCAAAACAAAAUGAAAAAAAAAUGUCGCUUUCAUAAGUGUUCAGCUUAUGAGAGGUGACUGUCACAAGAGCUGGUCAUGGGCUGUUGGUAACAAAAGGGUUCGUGUGCACCCCAUGCUGGAUUUCCUCGGGUCACUUUCUUUCGAGCAGCGAGGAAAUGAUUGUAUCGCUGACGCGUAGUACAUGCCUUGGUAAAUGCAUUAAACACUGUACCUUGCACUUAGGCACUAUGCUGCUGUUCUCGCCGAGAGAUCGCCAACUAGCCCAUGCAGUUACCAGCUUUGAAGCGCCACCAGAGGACUGCAGAUUGAUUGCUUUGCCGCCGAGCGUUUUAUUCUAAGUUAACCUUCGCAUGUCACGCCAUUGUAUUCACAGUGGCUCAGGUUCCCCAGUGUCAACACGACCGGCGGUGGCCGUCUAGUUUCACUUUUAUGCGCCGUUAUUUAUGUUGAGUUGUGGUUUACUGCUGAGGUGUCUGCUUCACUGUGCAAAAUUUAGAGCAGCUUCUGUAUGCAAAGGAAAAAAAAAAAAAAAGUCUGUUCACAUUCCCUUCACAAGACCUUGCGUCUUUUAACAUGACAGGUACUGGUUUUGCAUGACGGCAAGAAAUCUGAGAAAACAGCUUAACUUUGUGCAUGUCACAAUGGCUAAGGGUAGAGUGGGCAGCAUGUAAACACAAUGGAAAUAAAAUGUUUCUAAAUCAA